AUGGUAGAACACAGCGGGAAAGGUGGUCCUGCAGAUGGGGGCCGCAGCCGGCGACGCAGGAGGAGCUCCGACGGCGCCGGGCAGAGAGAGAGCGAAGGGGACCGUCCCGCGUCUCUGCUCUGCCGCCUCCAGCCGGGGAGGGAGCCCGUCGAGCCCCCGCCGCCUCCUUCGCACCGUCCGGGAGGGCCGNGCAGGGCGACUUCCAGGAUGGUUCUGUACAGCCUUCUGCUCCUGCCGCUCUGGCUGAGCACUGCCAGCGGCAUCGGGGUGCCAGGAUGUAGGAUCCGAGUGACCGCCAAGGGCUUGGAGCUGGUGAAGCAGGAAGGGCUGCGCUUUGUGGAGCAGGAGCUGGAGAACAUCACCCUGGGCGACCUGCACGGCAAGGAGGGUCAGUUCCACUACAACAUCAGCAACAUACGGGUGACCCGCCUCCAGAUGGCCCACUCGGACCUGCGCUUCCAGCCCCGGCAGCACCUGGCCUUCGACAUCAGCAACGCCUCCAUCAGCCUGCGCUUCCGGCGCCAGAUCCUCUACUGGUUCUUCUACGACAUUGGCUCCAUAAACACUUCCGCGGAGAGUGUGCACAUUCACACGGCGCUGGAACUCUCCAAGGACAAUGCCGGGCGCCUGAAGAUCUCCAACAGCAGCUGCAACGCCUCCAUUGGCCGCAUGCGUGCAGGGUUCAGCGGCACGCUCAGAAAGGUGUAUGAGUUCCUGGCCACCUUCAUCACCAGCGGCAUGCGCUUCCUCCUCAACCAGCAGAUCUGCCCCGUGCUGAACCACGCAGCGAUGGUGCUGCUGAACUCUGUCCUGGACACGGUGCCCGUGCGCAACCCAGUGAAUGAUUAUAUUGGGAUAGACUACUCCCUCCUGCGGGACCCCGUCAUCACUCCGGACACCAUGGACUUGGAUUUUAAG